GGCAGCUAAUGAGUAGCGCUAUGUGUCGUUCAUAUCAUUUAACUAACGAAGCUCAGAAGUUAUAACCCUCCGCAAAACGCUUUCAUCCUUGUCUUCUUCCUUUUUACUUCUCCACAAUCUUCUCUUCUUCUUCCUCCUCCUCGCCCCCUGUGAAUCUGUGAUUUGACUCGCUUCAUCUCUCUCAACUCCCAUCUUCCCCUCUCUUUCCUCGCCCCAAUCGCCCAUUCCUCUAUGUCACUCCACGAGAUCCAUCCAUGGACCCUCUCCGGAUUACUCGGAGCCUUUCUCGAUCUUGCUCUCGUUUAUGUUCUCCUCUGCAUAUCCGCCACUGCCUUCAUCCCCUGCAAGAUUCUCAAGAUGAUUGGAUUGUUCCUGCCUUGCCCCUGCAGUGGGUUCUACGGCCGUCAGAACGCUAAUCUAUGCUUCCGCAGACUGCUCUUCAAUUGGCCCAAGAGGAAGAUCUCUUCCGUCCUCCACUUCGUCAAGACCAGGUUUCCUUUCGAUUUGCUUUUGGUCGACGACCAAAUUGGUAACUCCAAUAGGAAGCUUCAGACCAAGGGGGUUCCUCAAUCGCAGCAGAAUCUCGCUGAUAGAGAUGGCGACUAUGAUAGAAAGGGCAAGAGGGUUAUGUACCAGAGGCCCAGGACUAAAAUCCGGCGUGGGAGGAGAGCUGCUGUUGAAUGUGGGAGAUUGGCCAGGGGAAUCUGUGACAGCAAUGAAGCUAGGAAGGAAAGGGAAUCCGUGGCGUUGGUUGAGAGAGAUGAAUUUAUUCACGAUGUUAUUAAUGAAUCAAAUCACAUUCACUUGAGCGAAAGAACCUGGCAAGGUUCCGAAUCAAGUGGCUCGGUUGGCGAAAAUAAUUAUAUAGAUAAAGGUUCUUCAACUAUAGGACAAGAUACCAGCAAUGCCGAAGAGAGAGGCAUUAUCAGAAAUGAAGCAAGCUCUAUUGGAUUGUUGGAGGAAGCGCUUGAAGAAGAGAAAGCUGCUCGGGCAUCUCUGUAUAUGGAACUGGAGGAGGAGAGAGCAGCUGCUGCUACUGCUGCUGACGAAGCAAUAGCCAUGAUAAUACGUUUACAAAAUGAGAAGGCAUCAGUUGAAAUGGAAGCAAGACAAUAUCAGAGGGUAAUAGAAGAAAAAUUUGCUUACGAUGAAGAAGAGAUGAAUCUACUUAGAGAGAUCCUUGUCAAGAGGGAAAUAGAUUAUCACGUACUGGAGAAGGAAAUUGAAGCAUAUAGGGAGAUGGAUUUUUCAGAAGAGGAACAAUCAAUAAGAAAUUGGGAUUUUAUAUUGGAUGACCAUAAAGAACAGUCUGCCACUACCCAUUACUCAAAUGGAGAUCCACCCAUUGUUCAGCAAAUUGAGAAUGCUAUUUCUCUUUCAAGGAAAGCAAAGUUGAAUGAAACUAAAAGUUAUAACUCCCAAUGCCAUUUUAAUGAAGGCGGCUUGCUUGAGCAAACUACCUGGACUAAUGAAGACAAUGAACUGAAGGAUAAUAGCUUAGUAUGUGAGCAUUUCGCUACUAAGGCAGCUCAUGUGGUUCGCAGUUUAGGAAGUUCCGAACUUGAUAUGGAAAUAGAUGUUCAAGAUAUUCAUGUGAUUGAUGAAAAACUCCACCUAGGAGACAAGAAGGAGGAUAUAAAAGUUGAUAAUUGAUUCAGCCAGCAUCAUAUGAUCCUACAAUUGUGCUAUCACCUCUGGAACAUUUAAUGCCGAAAGCAUGGAUCAACCGUCCUAAUCAAUCAUAGAAGUAGGAUUCUGGUUUGCUACCUUUUCGUAUUCAUGUGCUCUAGAAGGAUUUUUAACCUUCAGUAAAUAUUUAAUCUUCAGUAAAUAUUGAAUGGUGGUGUUGUGUUGUGGGGUUAGAAAGGUCAAGAACUGUUUCAUCAGUGUAGGAAACAAAAGAGCAUAAUGGAACUUCCUGGUAAAAUUACAAACUCCAAGAUAUUUGACAGCUAAAGGAUCCUUUUUCACAGGUUUUCUUGACCUCUUCCUAUUCUAAGGUUGGGGCCAAGACUCGUAUAUGGUAGUUGAGAUUUGUCUGUGAAGAAGAAUCUUCUGUCUUUGGUGACGUUUGUAAGAUUUGUGAAGAUGAAAAAUUCUUGAAUUUUCUCUCUUUCUCCUCUUCACUUUGUAAAUUAAUUAUAUAUGUGGCUUCUUCUGUUUGAGUGAGAUUAGGUAUCAUGUCCUGAUGUUAUUUUUGAUAUGUAGUCUGUUGUAAGAAAAAAAUAAUAAUAAGAAAAAAGGAUAGGUAUA